AUGGUAGCACCAAAAGAAAGCUGGGAAGUUUGUGCUCAAGGAACUCAAAUUUCACCAGAUUUCGCCCCACUGUCAACCCAAUCAUCACCGAAACACUUGAGGAUGGUGGAAUGCAAGGGGCAAUGCCUCUACCGAAGAUUCUUGAAUUGA